UUGGAGUUCCGCGUUUAAAGGGGGGAAACCUGUGAGGUCUCCAACCAAUUCCUGUUAAGAACUUCUAAACCACCUGCCACCAUUUCACCUCCAAACAUGUACAGCUCCAGCUAUUCGCAGGCCAAGUUUGGCCUGGAUGCUAGGGAGCCUUUGCACAAGCCCAAAGGCAAGAGCUGUGGCUACUACAUGAGGAUCGUCUUCUUCUUCUCUUCACUCAUCCAGUCCCUCAUCAUCGUCAGCCUGGUGCUCUUCCUCAUCUACGGGCAGCCGGAGAAGUCAGCCGAGGAGAUGAGAGUUAAGGAGUUGGAGCAAGGCUUUAACAGACUGAGUGAUAACAACAUCCAGCUAAGGAAGGAGAAAGGCGAGCUUGGAGCUCAACUGGGGGUUCGCACAGCUGAAAAAGACGGUCUGGAGAAACAGCUGCAGCAGCUGAGUGUUGACGCGAACAACACAAAGCUUGAUCUGAUGACAAAAUUAUCCAACUGCGAGAGGCAAAUUGCUACAACACGGAGCAUGGUGACGCGCUGUCCCACUCCCCCCAUACAGCAACCCAUGGUCGUGACUACUAACAAUGAGUUGAAAACCUUGCAGAGCCUCAACAUGCAGCAGAAGGCCAUGAUUGAGCUCAUCGAGGCCAACUUCACCCAGACGGUCCGCUACAUCAGUCACGAAAGGGACGACGCCCUCAAGGACAGAGACGUCCACCUCCAGGAGGUCAUCACUCUACGCAAAGAAAACACCAUGCUGAUAGAGCAGCACACAGCCUACACCAGGAAAUGUAAAGAGGACUUUGCUCAUUCUCUGGAUGGGAUCCAAACAGUGACCAGGGAUUUUCUCAACAAAAUAAACAACAUGUUCCCCCACCAGAUGACCUUUCACCUCACCUGUGAAAGCCAGCAGGAACAAAUGGAGAAGAUAAGAAACAGUUGCACCAACCUGUCCAGAGAUGUGGAGAACAAGUUUCAGCUGUAUUUGGACAACGUGGGCAGCAAGGUGGCUCAGAUUCAAGCCUUGUCAAGCCGACUGGAAGUGCAAAACUCACACUUGAGCGCUGACUUGCAGCGCUGUGAACACAACCGGAGUGAGACAAUCGCUGAAACCGGCCGACAGCUGCAACUCAAGCAAAAGGCUCAUGACGAAAAGAUGGAGAAAGUGCUGAUUGAGAAGGACCGGCUCAGGGAGCAGAAACAAUUGCAAGCAGAUACUUUGGCCUUGAGAGAAAAUGAGCUGCAGACCCUCAGGGCAUUGCCUAAUUGCAAGGUGGGUCAAGCAAAACCUGCUAGUGCACAGAUCUUCCCACAGCAGAACAGGCAAACUGCAGCUAACUGGCCUGCUUUUGGAGCUCCAACUCUCAGCAAAACUCCAACGGGGAGGUGAAAUGGUCCGUGAAAAAAAUGUGUGGAGAACAAAUACCCAGCAAACAAGACUAAGAAAAACCUGUAAAUAUUAUGACGACACAUGCACUCGAAUUGGUUCUCAUUUAGAAAGACUAAUCUGCAAUAAAGGUGUGUGCAUCUCUGCAGUAAGGUUCAUGUAAAAUCAUGAUAAUGACACCGAUGUAAAUAUUACUUGUGAGUGGAACUCACUUUGUUUUAUAAACUAAUCUUCUUUGUUUUACAAUUUAAUAAAUUAUACCAUCAAAGUGUUGUCUUUUUCUAUUGUAUUUUGCAGUUCUUGAGGUAGCAACGUUCAUGUAUUCCCUUAUUCCCUUUUCCAAAGGAUGUUAAUGUGUAUAGUAUGUCACCAUCAUGUGUGAAACUUCGAAAUAGGACUAAGUAACAAAAACAAAAAAAAAUGACUGGCGGACGAUUUUUUUAUUAGCGAGUCAUAAUUAAGAUUUAUGCAUUUUCUUAUGCGUUUUACACAUCAGCGAUUAAGCUCAAGCUUUAUUACUUCCCUUUCCUUUUAUAAACACACAAUGUUUAGAACAUGAAGCUGAGGAGCUGCAAACAAAGCACCAGACUGAAAUGGAGUAAUAAUAACCAUUAUCCUGUUAAUGUUAACAGCACAUUCAAUGUGACACUGGGGAACAUAAGACAACAGUACCUCUUACCGGCAAGCACAUGUUCACACCUACAAAAACGGACAAUGUACACACACUGCACUCCAUGCUUCUACUUAGCCUAGCGGACAAUUUAACCAUUAAUAUCUUCACACACUUAGUCAUUGUGAACCAUUUAACUAUUAUCUGUCCUUAAGG